AUUCCUUUGUGUGCUCCGGGGGGGCUCCGAAAGACGAUUCCCAGGAUUCUUUUUCCCACGAUCGAAAGUUGCAUUCGGUUCGGUGUCCGCGAGUGAAAGUGAUAGUUCCUGAAGGUUCCUUCGAGUGGAUUAAAAGUGCAGAAUCGGUUACGCUUGCGGAAGGUUCCAGCAAUCGGAAACUUGACAGCUUUCACCGAUCAGGUGAAAAAUCAAUUUUCUCACGAGCAAAAACACCCCGCUGCCGAGUGUGGCGCGGCAGGACGAAAAAGGGGAGAAAGCUCGAUCAAAACAGAAGGUGGAUAUUCUACGCCGCCGCUGACAUAUGGAAGUGAUGCUGUCUGUGGGAAAACGUCAAAACACGUUCCUCUACAGCAUGGGUGCUGAUGGGGUGGUUGGCGGUGCGCAUGAGCACUCCUAGGGUGGUGGAAAAACGAAAUUCACCACCCCGAGGAAACACAUGGAGGCACAGCUCACUCGGUGGUGUCGAGAAGAGCCUUAAAACGGAUAGCCAUGCACGAAGUUGCUCUCAGUUUUUCGUAAACUACCAAUCUGUCGCGUUCGCGAGUACGCUUCGGGGCUCCCGGUUCGUUCAAGACCUUUGCCAUUUCCGAGGAAAAGAAAAGGAAAAAUAGAAGUGUGCUCUGUUUGGUAGCGGAAGAAAAAUAAACACUCUCCAACUGGAAAAGUUCUUUGCUCCAAGAUUAACUUGGAUCCAAACUCGUUUCCAUAUUUAUGCAAAUUGAUACUAGCCAGAAGGAAGAAAAUCCGUCCCCCGGUGAAUGUGAAGAAAGUCAGCGAAUAGGUAAAAUAUACUGAGUGGAAACUAUCCCAAGGAUUAAAUCGGUUUUUCUUUGGUGGAGAAUUCGCGUUGUACCCUUUCGCACACUCACAUAUCCCAAACUCGAGCAAGUUAGGAAAUAAGGAGCAACCAAAACGACUGCCCGAGAGGAGUUCUUCUCGGUUGGAAGGCGCCAACCCCCUGCCACUAGACGUCGCCUGGCGGUCGUCGUCGUCGUCGUCGUGUAAUCCUGUCGGUUGUUUUCUUCCCUUACGUUUCGCCAAGACAUACAUACAUAUAUCAUACACACUUAAUGCAUGUAAUUUCACUCCUGCUGGGGAAAAGCUGAGUGAGGUACGCACUGAAUUCAUUCGUGAAAAAAAUAGCAAAUCCACCCAAAUGGGAUUGUCCGGUGAGUGCUUCAACAAGUUUGCAACCAAUCGUGGAAACCGUGCAGUGGUGGUGAAUUGAAUGUGGGAAGUGAAUGUAGAAAAAAAAAGUUCAACCAAAGCAAACAAAGAAGAGCAGUGCAGCGUCGUUUGUGAAUAGCUCGUUGUCGUUAUCGUCGUCGUCGUCUUCACGGGAAUCAGCUGGAAAAAGGUUCACGAUAAUAAAUCAUUCAGAAAGCGUGAGUUUGUUUCGGUGUGCGUAAAUGGACAUGUUUCUUCCCUCACAAAUGAUGUGAAUUACUCCGUUCAUGAAUUAGGAAAUAGCGCUCGUCCAAAGGCUGUAAAUAAUUCAGCAAGGAUCUGAGAAGGAUGUUUUAUAAAGUGGAAAUGUGCUGCUUUUGAAUGUUGAAGGAUUUUUUGGUGGAUUGAUGGACAACCGCUGGAACGGAUACUGCGCUGCAGUUAAGCUACCAAAAGGGCUCCACGCCGCACCCUGGUCCUGACUUUUUCCGCAAAGAUUCCAACGUGUCCUGUGGUAAACCUUGCACAUUUUUCCCACUCCAAAAGUGAUAACAACCCGGGCGUGAAAAAACUUCUACAUAUUAGGCAAAGUGCAGUAUAAUUACCACUCGAAAAUAUAUACAUAGAAAAAAAAAGUGAAACCAGGAGUCACACACACAAAAAAUCUCCCUCCAAACCCCGUUUGGCACUUUUGCUCCAGUUCUAUUUUUUUUUUUCCCAUUCACUCAAGUGAAAAAUAUGAUUUUGUAUCACAUCACACCGGUCGUCAUCGUCGUGGCCGUCACCGGCGUCAUGUGCAUCGGCACUAGUGGUUGAUGUUUCCCGGGAAACUUUCCUUUUUUUAUUAUUUCCCCAUAACGCCAUUGACUAUGUGGCAGUAGCAGUGCAGCAAGGACAGUGCUGGAAGAAAAAACGCAACCUCCCAACCGGGAAGUAUUAAUAACUAGCACACGACGGAAGCAACAGCAAGUGGGUACCAACCAGCAGUACAUUCAUUGAUGUCCUUCAUCAUUGCCAUCGCCGACGUUGUCGUCGUCGUCAGCGUUCAGCAGUGGACGGCGGAAACGGACGUAGCACCACAUUGCCAUUGCCCCAGCAGCCAUCAGUGAAAACCGUGUGCUGUUUUCCCUCCACAGUGAUAAAUGGCGUGACAGAGCUUAAAUUUGAUACCGGUGAAAAAAAAAAAACAGGAGGAAUGAAAAUAAUUGCCCUGGCACUCAGAUUGCAGACCUAGGCCAAAACCCGAACCGUUAUUAAAUGCAUAAAUUUUAUCCUGACUAUUGAAGCUGAACGCUGUGGCAGAAAUAGCACAUAGAAGUUCACCUACAUAGAUGCUCCGAUUGGUGGUAACAACAUUGAAAGCUCUAUGCAGUUCAGUGAAUCAGAAAGCAGCAAACCCCCACCACCACCAACAGCAACAACAACAACAACAACCGUAACCUAACGAAAAGUGAUCCCCUGUGAGUUUGAAAGGUGCAGAGUGAACGGGAAUCGAGGAAUCGAGGGCUUGGAGGUGGCAGACCCUUGCGGUUUCCCAUGUUUGCAAUCCGAAUCAAAUCAAUACCGGCGAUGUGUUCCAGAAUCAGCAGUAGCAGCAGUGGUAGCGGCAGUAGUUAUGUUCUGAUAGUUGGUGCUCUGUUUUUAAUAAUUGUAGAAAUAAAUCAAACAGAUUGCAAUUUUAUACUGCCCAAAGUGGGUAGUGCUGCUGGUGCUGGUGCUCCGGAAGGGUUGCUGAAGAAUAUCGAUGUUAGCAUUAGCACCAGUGGUACCAGUAGUAGUAGUAGUAUUAGUAGUAGCAGUAGUAGUGAAAGGACUGGUCCCGUUUAUGACGAGUCGACCAACAGCUACUCGACGACUUCGGGAGGUCCUGCAGGAAGUACCAGCAGUCCCAGUUCCACCAGUAGCAGUAGCAACACCUCUUACCCUUCUUCUACAUCUUCUGCAUCGUCCAACCAAAAUGCCAGCACACUGAAUGGCUUCGAAGGACAGAUCCCGCUGGAACGAUUGCCAUCCAAUACUUUGCUCAAGUAUACUGCCUACAAGGACGUUUCGAUUCUACAUUUCCGUAUACCGACCGACACCCGUACCGCCUUCUUUAGUUUUAAGGCAUACGAGGAAUCUAAAAGUGCCUUUCAACGUGUGUGUCAACCGAACGACAUUACGUUACACCUGAAAGCUGGCAGCUAUCCAGUGAUUAGUCCGGAAAAUAUAACCUUCCCGAAGCAUUUCCUCAAUGCAGAUGAAAGAUUCGAGAUACAUAAUUUACAAUUCAAAUCCGACAGCAUAACGCGACGGCUGAGCAUAGAUGGACCACAUCCGGGUAAUUGGUUCGCCGUGGCAUUCAUCAGCUGGACCGAUCCGAACAACGAGCGCAUCGAACAGCAAGGCCUCGCCCCGUCCUGUGAGACGCUGCUCAUGUCGGAGAUGUCCGUCACGCGCAUCAGCCCGACCAUCCUGAACGCUCAGACGUCGCACCGGGAUGUACUGAGCACCAACCAAACCGAGCCCAAGAGUUACAAAUUUUUCGUCCCCAGUGAGGUAUCGCUGGUAACGUGGCGGCUGCAGAUCACGCGACCUUGCAACGACUGCAGCGACGUUAGCUUCUUCGUCCAAGCGCACGCACUACCAACGCACAAGGACUACCUGCAGAAUGCCAUUCUGUGUCCCAACCAGACCAGCGACAUCAGCAUCGAUUUCUAUCCACAGGAGAGUGCGUGGCACUAUGUGGAUUUGGACUUUUUAAAUGAUUCCGACGAGGGCUAUUCCAAUAGGUCAACCGGUGAAACGAAGGUUUUGGAGCUGGAAUUUGUGGUGGAAAUUGAGUUUGAAUCGCUGCCGGAGGAAUCGUCAGGGGAAGAGCAUAAAGAGGAUCCUAUGGAUGAAAGUGGGAAACAGACAAUGGAGAAAACUUUGCUGCGGAGAGGUUUCGAACAGUACCCGUUGCUGCGACAAACCUAUCGGGAGUUCUUCAUGUUCGAUUACGACCUUCUGCCGGAUAUAAACGGGACAGUACCGUUGACGUUGAACUUGAGUGCGGGGACUCCAGCGUUGAUGAAAUUCGACGUAAACGAUGUGUACGACAUAGGAGGAACGUUGAGCUUUGCGGUCGCCAUGCGACAGGAUAUGAAAAGUAUUCUGAUCGAUGCGCAUCAGGCGAAUAGUAACGAUCACGUCGGGGUGGUUGCCGAGAAGUUGAUCGACGUGCAGGAGAACUUUGUGGAGGAAACAACUACGACGACCAGCACGACGGCUGCACCCACUACCAAUGCAAAAGAUGCUAACCGAAGUAAUCAGACGGUGAUUGUCUGCAUGCGACAGGGAGAACCGGGUAUUCCAACUUGGCCGGAUAAGUGUGUCUACGGGAGGCAUAUUUUCCCAGCAGCUAUUAUAAUAAACAAUACGGAUUCGGACACGAGUACUGGGUUGGUGCACAUUCCAUUCCCGGAACCUGGUAAAUGGUAUGUGACUCUCGGAAUCUUCUGUCACGGAGCGGAAACGGCUGCCAGGGUGACGAUCAUCGAUAGUGUGAAGGAGUUUAUCAAGAAGUACCGAGAGACCUUGCUGGAUAUGAAACAACCCUGUUCUUGCGCUGAACUCGCAAAAUACUACAAGGAAUGUCUGGGGGACGAAGGUUGCUUGGCUAAAAUGAAUGAGACGGAAACGUUGAAGAUCAAGGAAUGCAUUAUGGAUGCGAAGUGUACCGAUCUAUCCGAUGAAAUGACUAAAAAAUUCGAGGUUCAUCACAAAUAUGCUACAGAGCAGAGCGUAGCGGCUGAUGCCAGCUGUAACGGGAGCGUAGUUUUCACCAUAUCAUCGAGUCCUUGCGUGGCUGGACGGUGUGGAAGAUUCGGUCGGUGCUACCACUACAUGUCCGGGGGAUUCGUUUUCUCUACAUGUCUAUGCCUGAGAAAUUAUCGCGGUUGGGAUUGUACAGAGGACAGCCAAGUUCCGUCCAGUGCAUCGAUCCUCCUGGCCUCUCUCAUGCUAACCCUAUCAAAUCUACUGUUUCUACCGAGUAUUUUCUUCGCCGUCAAACGAGGCUACUACACGGAAUCGAUAAUCUACUUUUUCGCCAUGUUCUUUUCGACGUUCUACCAUGCCUGCGAUUCAGGCGAGGAAGAAUUCAGCUUCUGCCUCGUCAAGAUCGGAGUCCUGCAGUUCUGUGAUUUCUACUGUGGACUGCUGGCGAUCUGGGUCACACUGAUAGCGAUGUCCAACGUGCGGCACCAGUUCGUCUCUCUGCUACACAUGCUGGGAGCGAUCCUCCUCGCCUUCGGAACCGAACUGAACAAACAGUCCCUUUGGGUGUUCCUUGCCCCUGCUCUGACGGGAAUCUGCCUAAUCUCCGUGAGCUGGGGCCUUCGUUGCCGCAAAACGAAAAAGUGUUUCCCUUCACGAGGUUACCUAGCCGUCUACCUACCGAUCGGCAGCGUCCUCGUGAUGGUCGGUCUCGUCUGCUACGCCUUCCUGCAGACCAAACAAAACUACCACAUCGUCCACUCGAUCUGGCACAUGGUGAUGGCCCUCAGCAUCCUCUGCCUGCUCCCCAACCGGAAAACAUUCCAACCAAAAUGCUAGCAUACGGUGAUGAUCUACCUACUAAACUCCUCCUCGCAGUCGUCCAACUCUAUGUCAACGGCGACCACUUCGGGAGCGAGUCCGAAUGCUGCCACGGCGACAACGACGACAACGACGACGACAGCAGCGACAACGGACGCGGACGAGAUCUCCACCAUUACCGGUCCACGUGGAGAUGUCAAUCCCAUUACGACCACACUGGAGCGCAACAAUUCCGUCGCGACGGCCAUUACCGAAAUCACUCCGUCGGCAUCGCUUGUAAAUAAUCUAUCCGAUGCCACCGGCAACAACAGUAUGUCGCUGUCCUCUACAUAUUCGUCACUCGCGUCCACUAGCACCAACAUCACCACCAUCACCGCCGCCGGCGGUAGCAUGAGAUAGAGGAGGAGUCGGUGGGAAGACAUCAAUUAACGUUCUUCAACUCCCUCUAGCGGCAGCAGCAAGCAGCAUCACUGCGUUGGAAUAGGUUUUAAGCAGCGAUAAGCGGUCCGCUCUGUUCCGGUAGAGCACAUGAACUAAAUUGAAAGAAUGCGACAGUGAGCAUGCAUAAGGGCUACUAGCCACGAUAGGCCUGGGACGUACCGAAUUUUGGGAAUGUGUGAUUAAUUUUGUACGAUAUUUGGAAUUCCCUCAAUCACCGCCAUUUUUUUUUGUUAAGAUGUUAAGAUGACGGCGAUUGUGGAAUGUUGAAAGAAACAAUCGUACACAAUUUAGCAUAACGAACAUUAAGAUCAUUUAGGGAGGGGGGGUAAUAAAACCAGACCAGGGACAGACCUAUUACGCGGUGCAGUAAACGAAAGGAUUAUCCGAUUUUGCACAGCAACUAACUUGAGCGUCUAAUCUUAAUUGUUUUCUGUGUCAUCGUCGGAGCAUCGAGCGGCUUAACGACACCGGAAUGAAACCACUACACAGGUUUUCACAAGUUUGCAUCGGUGUAAUUUUUUAGUGGAUGCUGUGGACUAUUUGUAUGACAUGUUUUGAGGUUAUCGGUAAUUUUUGCCUGAUGUUAAGUAUCCUUCCCAAAUCAAUGGUCCCGUGAAUAUCGGGUAAGGGAGACUUUGCUGUAUUCUGUUCAGGUGGCCAGAACGAUAUAGAGAAGGUUAAUUUAAAACUAUGUGCAGUCGAAUUCGCUCGUUGGAAUUUGUUUUGUAGCCCACCUAAAUAGAAGUCAAACGUCAUUUCUGACAGUGAUGAUUCCUUUUCAAGGAGCUCAUGGAGGAAUCACUUGGGUAUUUGCUAAACGAUUUUGAUGAUACAGUAUCCCCCCACUCAUCCGACAACAUCAUCGGGGUUUGAGUCGUUAAUUCGAUUGUCAAAUCCAUACUUAGAAAUCAAAACAAACAGACAGCAUGCUUACAGCACAAAAAUUGAUAGCCCAAUGCAUAACGGUCCCAAAGCCGUAUUUAGGAAAACACAAAUAUUUGCGCCCAAACCGUCAGUUUUAGGUAUAUAGUGUCUUCGGGAAAGUUUUUUCAUUUUUUUUUUGUAGAUCUUUUUAUGUUAGUGAAAUUGAGGUGGUUCAUAAAAUUGAUGAAUUGAAAAUACAUUUUUGUUAUUAUUUAAGAUAGACCAAUACAGUGUUGCAAAAUGUUGUAGAACAAUUAGUUUGAAGCAACUUUGCGCAAGACACUAAAUAUCUAUCUCUUAUGGUUCAUAAGUUAUGAUUUUAUUAAACAAGCAGGUGGUGACCCAUAAAAAAACAGUUUCCUUUGAAUAUCUUUUCUUACGUUCAUUUCUCGUAAACACGUAGUUGUGGACACAUUUAGAACUUUUGAUGACGCAUAUUUUUGCUUAAGAAACCAGGUUGCUAUCUUUUUUGAUUAGACAAUUAAAGGAUAUUUUCUUCGAAAAAAUGGCUCUUUUCAAUUAACAAUAUCUCUAAACCAGAGCAAACCGAUUUUCAACUUUUAAUUCCAUUUGAAAGAUCAUUUUUCUUCAUUCUUGGUGAAAAAACUGCGAGAGCUGAACAAAAAAUUUCAAGGCGUUAAAUUUUAUUUAAAAAAAGGUCUAUUUUCCAGCAAAAACGGCCCUACAUGUUAUAAAUAAAAGAGAUAAUAACUUAGUUGCUUCAGCAAAAACAUGCGUCAGUUCUAAAAGUGUCCACAGCAACGUUUUUACGAGAAAUGAACGUAUGGAAAGAAAUUCAAAGAAAACGGAUUUUUUAGGGCCCAACCUUAUCUGCUUGUUUAAAAAAAUCAUAACUCAUGAACUAUAAGAGAUAGAAACUUGGUAAAUUUAGCAAAGAUGCUUCGAAUUGAUUGUUCUACAACUUUCUUGAACAUUGCACUGGUCUAUCUCAAAUAAUAAAAAAGUUUGUAUUUUCAAUUCACAAAUUUUAUGAACCACCCUAAUUUCACUAACAUAAAAAGAUUGGCCAAACAAUAUGACGAAACUUUCCCCAAGACACCAUAUACCUAAAAGGGAUGGUUAAAUACGGCCUUGGGAGCAUUGUGCAAUAAUGUAUUCAAACGCGUGUUUAUAUUUUUUAAUCCGACAUUUUCCGGAUUACCGGGGUCCGGAUCAGGGUUCUGCAUUUUCGAAACAAAGAAAAGAAAAUUAAUUCUCCGUAGAAUCGCUUCAUUUCGAGCAAUAUCAUUUUCGUGUUUAAUUAUCGUGAUUCUUGUUAUCGAGUCACGAUGAACAUUCCUCUCUUCAAACAUGACUGGACUAUCGCUUGUUUCGUUCGUCAAGUGCUUCAGUUCAUUUCAUUUGAAGCAAAGACUUGUUUAAAUUGACACCAUGAAUGACUCGAAAACUGCUUCCUUCGUUUUUUCCACUUUCACUUCAAUUCGGGCUGAUUCAAAUUGCCAGGCAUCAAAAUAUAGUAUCCGGAUAGUAUCCGCACAAUAUCCGUUACCGAUAGGGAUGACAUCCGGAUUAUAUGUAGUAAUAAUAUAUUAUUUUAUUUUAAACGAAUAUUAAAUUAACGAGGCCAUUCUGGAAUUCAAGAUGGUGGCCAUCGGGAUCAAGAUAAGUCUCAAAUACCCUACAAUAUGGGUAUUUUCGGAACGAAGAAUCGAUAUUUGACGCCAUUUUGGAAUCCAAAAUGGUGGCCAUUGGUUUUAUGAAGUGCCAAAUACCCUAAUAUAUGGGUAUUUUCGGAACAGGGACAACGCGCAGAUGUCGGAAUCGAUACCCGUUGCCAUGUUUUAAUCUAAUAUGGCGGCCAUCAGAAUUCAGAAAGUGUCAAAUAUCCUACAAUAUCGGUAUUUUCGGAACGGGGACGAGACGUA